CGCGCGCUCAGUCCGCGCUCGGCCGCCGUGCUGUUUUACCUUGUGUGUUUCCUCUCCUCGGACGAUACAGCUAUUGACACGCGGGCAACGAUAAUUUUAUUUGUCGAUCAUUAGCGAGUGCUUAUAUAAUGUUUUGGCCAGUGAUCUAAAAUAAACAAAACAAUUUUUUUCGUUUAAUUUUUGUUAUGUUUCGAAAUAACUCGAUAUGAUUUCAACGUAUUUACGAUUUUCAUAAUAAUAAUAUAUAAACCGUUUUCAAAAUCUGUUUCGGUGUCGAGGAUGUUUUUAUUGCAAUGUUACGGACGGUGCCGGUGAGAUGGCAGACGGAUGUCUAAGAGUUGAACUGAGGAACUGAUAGUUGUUUGAUGGAUGUGGAAAACGUGGAGUGUUGGAGGUCGGAAGGUGACAGGAUGGUGGCGGAGGAAGGCAAGACCAGAGCCACGGACUUCUCUAUCGCGGCCAUUAUGGCUCGGAGCGCUGCGGAGCCGCGCAGCCCCGUCGCGCGCUCGCCGCCCCACACCGGGUCCGUAUCCAGACAAAGUUCGCCGGCGUCCCUCAGUUCGCCGGCGUCCAGUUGUCGCUCGCCAGUGCCUGAUGAAGACGUCGAAGUGGACGUCGAGCAAUGCUCGGACGGUGAGCGGGACGCCUCCGAUCAUGCGGCCCCUUCUCCCGCUCCGUCAUCUGAAUUAGGUGAACGCGACACACCAUCACCGGCGCGGCCGUUGCCGCCAGCCACCUCGUGCAACUGCGAGGAACUAUUAUCAGUAGACUGUCAGCUUGAGACUAAGGAGCUGUGGGAUAAAUUCCACGAUCUCGGAACUGAAAUGAUCAUCACCAAGACUGGGAGACGCAUGUUUCCAACGGUGCGCGUGUCGUUCGCGGGGUGUCGCGCGGAGGCGCGGUACGCAGUUCUAUUGGACGUGGUACCGGUGGACGGCAAACGGUACCGGUACGCGUACCACAGGUCGUCGUGGCUGGUCGCCGGUAAGGCGGACCCGCCCGCCCCCGCGCGGCUCUACCCGCAUCCCGACUCACCUUUCUCCGGCGACCAGCUUCGCAAGCAAGUCAUCUCCUUCGAGAAAGUCAAGUUGACCAAUAACGAAAUGGACAAGCAAGGACAGAUUGUUCUGAACUCGAUGCAUCGGUACCAACCUCGAAUCCACCUGGUGAAAGUUCGAGAAGGCGCCGGCCCUAUCAGCGACUUAUCACGGGAACAGCAUCGCACCUUCGUGUUCCCAGAAACUGUUUUCACAGCCGUGACGGCAUAUCAGAACCAGCUCAUCACCAAACUGAAGAUCGACUCGAACCCUUUCGCCAAAGGAUUCAGAGACUCUUCAAGACUUACGGACUUUGACCGAGAUCCAAUGGAGUUGAUGUUGAUGGAGCAGCAACUAUUGCGAUCUCCGUUGAGACUGUACGCGGGUGGGGCGAGCGCGACCAGUGGGGACGAAGAAGCCGAGAAGCGAGCGGCGUGGGCUCGGACUCCGCCGGCGUUGCAACUGUUGGCGCUGGGAGGCCGUACCUGGCCGUCCGCUUGGCCGCAGCCUCUAGCACUACCGCCAGACCUCUGGCUACAAAAGCCCCCGGCGCCCCUUCGAUACUGCCCCUAUCCGCCCCCGACGCACCCCGCCGCGCAGCCAUCGAGAGCUGACCACACGCCUUCUCCGCGACAUCCUCUGUGAACUGUCACCAUUCCAAAGUAAUCAUACCGAACUUGAUUCCUUAAGUUCCGCAGCUUACUUAAACGAAAAUGUGCUGUGACGUAAAUAGUUCAUUAAUAGAUCUACAAGAGCAACGUUGUAUCGGUAUAAAUAUGUAAUUUUGUAUAUGUUACAUGAUUUGCUCUACGAUGUGCAAGAUCUGAUAUGAUCCAAGACAUACAAUAAAGUAUUCAAAAGUGAAUUUUAAAAUAGUACCUUAUAGAAAAUGUAUGUACUGUUUAGAUAGAUAUAAGUGGUUACUAUUAGAUUUACUAUAAAUCAUAAUUUCAAGGUUCCUACCCAAAAUAAUAAUAAUUUGCAAGUAAUAUAAAUGUAGAUUCAAGGGAAUGUUGAUAAUAGUUACCUGCACAUACAAUACAGAUACACUGUCAUUCGAUUUCAAAUAGAUUUAUGAAAUUUAUUUUCUGAUAACUUGUAAUAAAUUAACAGCGCUCAUAAAUUAACAUUAGUCUUCAAGUACAUAAUAUUAACCAAAGAGCAAUAUUUUAACUUAAUACCUAUGUCAAUUUUAUUGUCAAUAUAUUUACUUACCACUAGUAUCUAAUCUAUAUCAAUAAUAUUUCUAUGCAUUAUGAAAUUAUUUUAAAAUAAAACAUUCCAGUCUUAUAAUUUGUUGUCUACUUAACAUUAUAAAAAUUGUAAAACAAUUUUACCCAUUUACAAAUUUAAAUCAAUUAGUCAUUUAAAAAAAAAAACUUCUAUAUAAUAUAGAUACAAACCAUGUUGUUUAUAUACAAACAUAAAUUUUGUAAUCAAUAAAUACAAAGAAAUCAAGUAAUGAAAUUUCUCAGAUCAUGUUAGAUUUAUUAUCUAUGUUUAAAAUUAAUACAUUAAUAAAUAUAGAUGGUGUAAUGCCAUUAUUCCUGUGAAUUCCAAAUCAGUGAUAACACGUAAAUAAAUUAGAGUAUUAUUUGUAUUUUGUGUGUACAUUUUACUGUUUAAGACUAUUUAUAUUCCGUAUAUAAGUUACUUAUAUAAAAUGUAUGUAUUGUAUAGUGUUCGACUAAAUUAUUUUUGUAGGAUAAGCACUGUAUAUAGAGGGUUCACUUAGAUGUUUGUAUCAAAUAAGAGAUUUGAAGAAGUAUUGUCUUAGUAGAAAAAUUAUUUGAGUGUGCUGCUCACUAUUAAAAAGGAAUUAUAUUAGUUUGAAAUUAUUUAAGUAUAUAAAACUAUUAUAUUUGAAAACCAAAUUAAAUAAAUUGACAUUAUGAUUUGUAAUAUUAAUCGCUGUAACGCCUAAUUUUGUUAUAAUUAUGUCUCUCAUACUUACUACAAGAUUGUCAGUUUUUGAUUAUUCCUAUGUACUGUAUAGUGUCUAAUAGAAAUACUAUUAUGAUCAGUAUUAAUGCAAUGUACAUUUUCUUAUUUUAAUUUAAUUUGAAUUUCUACAAUUUAAUAUUGAUAUUUCUAUAAAUAAUUCUCCAUUAUAAUAUUUCCUAUACGAUUUAACAUAAACAAAGCAAGUACAGGCAACAAAAAUACGAAGAAUAAGGAUAUUUCUUAUUUCUCGUCGAAUAUUAGCUCAAACUCUUAACAAAAUAUUAUUACUUUUAAAAUAUUAUUGGUUGUCCUAUAUAAAGUAGGUUAUACGAGUAUUUAUUAGAAUUUUUAAUACAUCUAUUUAGACGAACCUAAUAAUUCUAUAAUACUACAUGUACUAUACAAUUAUUAAUAAUUUAUUGUCAUAUAUGUAUACUCAUUAUACGUAAUUGAAAUACAUUUAAUAAUUCUUAAUUUAUGAAACCACAUAGUCUGUAAACGUAAUGUUACGAAGUAUUCCAUGUAAUGUAAACAAGCACUACGAUACUUGAGAAAUCUCUACAUAACAGGUGAAAUAAAUGAAUGCAGUUUUAUUAUAAUGAUUGUAUGUUAAGGUUUUAUUAUUUUAUCAAAUAUAAAUUAGCGUACACUAUUUAUAUAUUAUUAUAAAUUCAUAACGUAUAAAUGACACAAAAACCUCAGAUUGAUUACUAUUCUGACAAAAAAAUAUAUUUAACCCAAGUGUUUGCUGUAGUAUAUGAAAUAAAAUUUUCAAUUAUUAUGCCUCUUCAUCUCAUCAUAAUAAAAUAUAAAUUAUAUGAACUGUAAUGUCUAUUUAAUGUAAUCAAUAUUUAUAUGAUCUAUACAUAUACAAAUAUCCUCAUAAAAUUUGUAAUUAUCUGGUACAGAAGUAUAGAAAUGGUUGUGAUUACGACUCUGUUCUGUAGUGCAAUUUAUGAAAAUUAUUUCGUACAAAGGUAAAUUUAGAUUUCGACAUUAUGAGUACGUAAUGAACAGGUCCUAAGUUUGAGUUACUGUUAUUUUUAGGUUGAUUGAUCAACGAUUAUUGAUGAAAUAGUGAGCAGCACACGACAGUAGCAACACAUAUCAGGGUCGAGCCCUAAGUGUUAAUAAACUGAAAUCAA